AUGGCCAGACUUCUUUCUGUUUUCUCCAUUCUCUCGGCCCUGUCUUUCACGGUCGCCGCGCCGAGCCCUUCAAAGCUCCACGCCAUCACCCUUGGAUACAGAGACAUUUUUGAGCUCAGCACCCAUCAAUCCAAGAGAGCUGGGCAGUUCACUCUCCCUCCACUUCCAUUCGCCUAUGAUGCCCUCCGACCCAUUAUCGAAACGGAGAUCAUGAGAAUUCACCAUGACAAACACCACAAAAACUACGUCACAAAUCUAAAUGCCGCCCUCGCGAAUCAAACUGCCGCCAUCGAAACGAAGAACAUCCCAACACUAGUUGAAUUACAAGAGAAGGUCAGAUUCAACGGCGGGGGACACAUCAACCACUCGCUGUUCUGGAAAAGCCUAGCUCCCUACGGCUCGAAAGCGACAGAUAUCACCAUAUCGGCACCGUCCCUCAGAGCUGCCAUCGAGAAACAGUGGGGCAGCCUUCCCAGUUUUAUGAAUGAUUUCAACAAUACUCUCAUGAAUAUCGAGGGGAGCGGCUGGGGAUGGCUGACGACCACUCAACCGGAGGGGAAGCUGUCUAUUAUCAGCACUAAGAACCAGGACCCAGUGACAGACGCAGUGCCUCUAUUCGGAGUUGACAUGUGGGAGCAUGCGUACUACCUGCAAUAUCAAAACAACAAAGCAUCCUAUGCAUCGGGAAUAUGGAAGGUGAUCAACUGGCAGGGGGCGGAAGCACGCUAUAGGAAUGGUCUGGAGGAUUUGAAGCUGUGA